AUGGGAUCUCUGGAGGAAACAUGUGCGUCACUACGCGCCCAGAUAAUCGCGACAGAAGAACAGCUUGCUGGUCUGAAACGCGACCUUGCAAAGGCCGAAGCGCAAUCAGCGAUUCCAGCCUCGGAAAACCAAAGCGAACGGCGCUGGCCAUUGCUUCAGGAAGAAUACAAGCGGUAUGGCAGGCAGAUGAUAGUUCCCCAAGUUGGUCUAAAAGGUAAAAUUGUCUCCUGGGAAACUCUUGGGUUGUUGGCUGAUCGUGUUUCCGCAGGUCAACUGAAACUCCGAUCGGCCAAGGUCUUGCUUGUCGGAGCCGGAGGAUUGGGAUGCCCAGCUGCACAAUAUCUUGCCGGCGCUGGCGUUGGAACGAUAGGCCUCAUUGAUGGGGAUACCGUCGAGGUGUCAAACCUGCACCGCCAAGUGCUGCAUCGCACGCAGAACGUGGGGAAAUACAAAGUGGACAGCGCAAUUGAGUCUUUGCGAGACCUCAAUCCGCAUCCCACGUACAUUGCGCAUCGAACCCACCUCACUCCCAGCGAGGCGCCAGCCAUCUUCAAUGAUUAUGACAUUAUCCUCGAUUGCACUGAUAACCCUGCAACACGAUACCUGAUCUCCGACACUGCAGUGCUUUUGGGAAAGACGUUGGUUUCUGCGUCUGCACUGCGGACCGAGGGCCAGCUGAUGGUGUUGAAUCAUCCACCACGAGCACCCGGUGACAAGACCGGAGGGCCAUGCUAUCGAUGUGUUUUCCCCAAGCCGCCACCGGCGGAUAGUGUGGUCAGUUGUGCGGACGGAGGCAUCAUUGGACCGGUUGUUGGGACCAUGGGCGUCUUGCAAGCUCUCGAGGCGAUCAAGGUCAUUACCGCGCCGGAGAAAAACACAGAUGGUACGGCUCGUCGAGAUCCCCCAUCUCUGCAUAUAUUCUCGGCCUACUCGUCGCCACUGGUCCGUACAAUCCGCCUUCGUUCUCGUCGAGCGAACUGUGCAGUUUGUUCCGCGGAGGCGACUGUCACGCUGGAUACAAUCAAAUCAGGAUCAACGGACUAUGUCUUCUUCUGUGGAUCUGCUAAUCUGCCCUCGUUGCUUGGUCCCGAAGAACGUAUCUCUGCCCAUGAGUACAACCAAAAGCACUCAAAUGUCUCCGGGUCGGCGCAGCCACACACAGUGAUUGAUGUGCGAGACAAGGCCCAAUUUGGAAUUUGCAGUCUGGAAAACAGCACUAACAUCCCUAUUUCAGAUGUUCUUGCUUCUAGUUCUUCUAGUUUGCAAGGCGAUGGACAACAAGCUGCGCAAAUACCUUCUUGGGUGCCAUCUGAACUUGCCUCCGAUUCCACAAACCCAGUAUAUGUCGUUUGCCGACUAGGCAAUGACUCGCAAAUUGUCGUUAAGAAGAUGAAAGAACUUGGACUCGACCAGCACGGGAAAAGAUUUAUCGGCGAUAUUCGCGGAGGAUUAAAGUCAUGGAAAGAACAAGUUGAUCCCGAAUGGCCCGAAUACUGA